CAUGGAUAAAUUUAUUUCCAUGCUUGUGUAACUAACCUUAUUUCUCGGGAUUUUAUAAGCAUAUAUCUUCAGGUAUUUUAAAGUGGUUAGAGAAUGAAAAGUGGCUUGCAAUAUUUUGGAAUCUUUUUGUACAUUGUGGUGAAUAUUCUGAGUAAACACCAAUGUCAAUCGGUGCGUUGUUACGACUGUGACUUUUGUCCGAUAGUAACGAGUGAAUCAAUAACAGACUUAAACAAUUGUACAUCUUGCGUGAUGGCCGGUAAUAAUUUUUCAAUUCACAGAACAUGUGUGUUUGGUACUGUACCCAUUAACUUCCCAGAAGAAAAUCGGAAGCAGUGUCUCACUGAAUUGUGUAACGGGGAAACGGUUGAUAACACUGCAAAACCUCCAACAGGGCCUAUAGCAAAUCCAAUCACUUGCUAUACUUGUUUGAACUGUACAAAUAGUAACCGAAAGCUUGUUAGCGGUUGUGGUGGAUGUGUGACAACUCAUGGUUCAGGAGUUACUAGUAAAUUUUGUGGACCUGCAUGUACUCAACUGAAUCCUUCGAAUUUAGUCGAUUGUUGCUCAACAGAUCGAUGUAAUGGAAUGACAAAAUUAUCUAUUCAUCGUCAUGUUAUUGUUGUUCUGUUUGUUUGCAUGGGAAUCAGUAAAUACAUUCUAUGAAUGACUAAGCCCAUAAUUUACUCUGAUUCAUGUAAUUGCUUCAAAUUUAUAUAUAUUUUGGUCAUUUUGAUUGAAAUGUAUUCAUUAAUAAACAUCCUAACUUCUUGCAUAUACAUUCACAUCAUUAAAUUGUUGCUUUUUUGAAAUAGUUCACUAUGUACUACAUUUAUCGUACUAUUUGUAAUAAAUUUCUAUUUUGAACGU